UGUAGGGCGAGUGCGGUAGUGAUUCGCGCGGGCGGCUGCUGCGAGGCGGCCGAGUGCUGUCUCGUAAGUCAGACCUCGCGUUUCCUCUGUGACAUUGAGACUGGGAUCUUUUUAUACCUGCUGGUUGGAGCUGCUCGCUAGCUCGCCAGGAGCGCUCGGGCCCCCCGGGCGCCGCCAGCAUGACCGGGGGCGCGGAAAAGAACCUCUGCUCAGUGCUAGAAAAGCCAGCACCGCCGGCCGCGCCCACGGGCCCGCGCGGCGUGCAAGUCGUUAACACAGGGCCCGACCACACGUUCAUACUCGACGAAGAGGCCUUGAAGGAGUUACUACACGAUGAGGACAUCAGGGAGCGAGCCGUGGUGGUCGUGUCCGUGGCCGGGGCCUUUAGGAAGGGGAAGAGCUUCCUGCUCGACUUCUUCCUUAGAUAUAUGCACCACAAGUACGGCAGUGGCGGCGGCGGCGGCGACUGGCUGGGCGCGCCCGACGAGCCGCUGCAGGGCUUCAGCUGGCGCGGGGGCUCCGAGCGAGACACCACCGGCAUUCUGAUGUGGUCCGAGAUCUUCAAGGCUACACUAGACAACGGGGAGAAGGUGGCGAUAAUCCUGCUGGACACACAAGGCGCGUUCGACAGUGAGUCGACGGUGCGCGACUGCGCGACCGUGUUCGCAUUGUCAACCAUGCUGUCGUCGGUGCAGAUCUACAACCUGUCACAGAACAUUCAGGAGGACGACUUACAACACUUGCAGCUGUUCACGGAGUACGGCCGAUUGGCGUUAGAGGACAGCGGUCGUACACCUUUCCAGAGGCUUCAGUUCCUGGUCCGGGACUGGAGCUUCCCGUACGAGGCGGCGUACGGGGCCGAGGGCGGUAACACCAUCCUGCAGCGGCGGCUCAAGUUGUCGGACAAGCAGCACCCGGAGCUGCAGUCCCUGAGGAAGCACAUAACGUCGUGCUUCUCCGAGAUCGCGUGCUUCUUGCUCCCGCACCCCGGCCUGCGCGUCGCCACCAACCCGCAGUUCGACGGACGGCUUGAAGACAUAGAGCCUGAAUUCAAGCGGUCACUGCAGCAGCUGGUGCCCAUGCUGCUGGCUCCACAGAACCUUGUGCCCAAGCUCAUCAACGGCCAGAAAGUCAAGGCCAAAGAGCUGGUCCAGUACUUCGUGUCUUACAUGAACAUCUACAAGGGCAAUGAGCUGCCCGAACCGAAGAGUAUGCUUGUGGCGACAGCGGAAGCGAACAACCUCACAGCCGUGGCCGAGGCCAGAGAAGUGUACACCACGCUCAUGGAAGAAGUGUGCGGAGGCGCGAAACCUUACCUGCAGACCCAACUGCUGGAGGCGGAACAUGGCAGGGUCAGGGACAAGGCGCUGCACGCCUUCCACUCCAAGCGGAAGAUGGGAGGGGACGAGUUCAGCCAGUCCUACUGCGAGCAGCUCGUCAGGGACUUGGAGGAACAAUUCAAGCAGUUCAGCGCGCACAACGAGAGCAAGAACAUCUUCAAGGCGGCGCGCACGCCGUCCGUCUUCUUCGCCAUCGCUAUGUUCUUCUACGUGCUGAGCGGCAUCUUCGGCCUCGUCGGCCUCUACCCCAUCGCCAACCUCUGCAACCUGGCCAUGGGCGUCGCGCUGCUUACGCUAGUGCUGUGGGCGUACAUCAGGUACAGCGGAGAGAUGCGGGAGCUGGGCGUGACCAUCGAUGACACGGCCAACGUGCUUUGGGAAAAUGUAAUGAAGCCGCUGUACCAAGCCGGCUUGGAGAAGGGCAUGGAGCACGCCGCCAAGGCCGCCGCCGAGAGCGCGCUCGGCCCGCCCUCGCCCUCCGUCAACGGCAAGCACAAGCAGUUGUGAUGCCCGCCCAGACCGAGACGGCGCAUCGCGAGGGUACCGACCCCGCACGGGGCGGAGCGAGACAGGACGCGUGUCGGCGUUGGGUCUUUAAACCGACGGUUAGUGACGCGACAUAUCGAUGACAUAUCACCAGACGCGCGUAGGGUUACCGGUUUAGUUCGGAUUUUUAACUUGCCGAUCCCACUUCUGAUGUCGGAUUUGUUUUAAAAUGCUGAUGGUAAUUCUAUAAGUAAAUGUGCGAGUCCAGGGGUACUGACGGAAAUAUUGUCCGGAUUCUUAACUUGAUCCCACUGAUGUCGGAUUUGUUUUAGCCUACCUUUUUAAAAUGCUAAUGGUGACCCCAUAUGUAAAUGUGGGACAUAUCCGGGAUUUUAAUGUGUCGAUCCCACUCCGAUGUCAAUUUUAACUAGCCUUUUUAAAAUAUUAAUGGUAACCCUAUACGUAUGUAAAUUUAUUUCUGUAGGGUUACCAUCAGUAAUUUUUAGGACAUGUAGAUUUUAACUGUGUAGAUCCCACUUCUGAUGUCGGAUAUUGGACAGUAACCCUAUAAUGUAAAUGUGUGUGUGAAUGGACCCACGCCUAAUGUCGAUUAGCCGGCAAGUGUACGGUUCAUUAUAGAGUUAUCGAUGUUUUCGAAGCGUGCGGCGGCGGAUUGUGUUCAUGUCGAGUGCGUAGAAAAUUAUAAGGGUCUCUAGUUAUAGUGUAGGAAAAUUAAUUGUUGCUUUUCGACUCUGAUCGAGUCGAUCCUCAGUUAGACUAAAACGAUAUUUUAAUAGUUAUUGACCAACCGGCGAACCCACUUUUUUUUAACUUGAAAUAUCAGACGGUUUUAGUACGUUUAUAAUACAAAUAUAGAAUAAUUAUAUAUAUUUUAUAAAUCGCGAUCCCAUUUAAGAGUUUUAGAAUAGUAGCACAAAAAAACGAAUAUGGUCACAUUAAGUAAAUCGAAAAUAUCAAACAGACGGUAUUUGAAUCACUUGUUGUAACGCACGGGAGUGUGGACGUACUUAAAAUAUUUUUAAGAAUUUCUAAAUUACUCUAAAAUAUAGUAUCAAUAGUUUCAAAUACUUUCUAAAUGUAAAUUUCUUUAUAGGGCAAUAAAUGUAGUCAUCAAAACCCCUAUUGUAAAUAAUGUUCGGUAGCAACCAAGUUUUCUAAAGUGCCAAUAUAAAUCUAAUCGUUCCCGUAUCGGCCAAAACUGUAUCAAAAUUUGGAUUAUAUUUGUUGAAACUUCAGAGUUUAUUUUGUUAGUACGUAGCGACUUGUAGAGUAGAUUCUGAUGUAUGUAGUUCUUCACAAGUAGCUUUUCUUGCCACUAUGGUUCAUAUGAAGGAAUAACAGUCAAGGUAUCACAAUAACUAGGUUGUGAUGUGUUCGAAACAAUCAUAGGCAUAGAAAGUUUAUAGGUUAAACAACGGAGCGUGUUCUCUUGCUCAAUUUGUGAGAAUAUCUACCAAAAUUACCAGCAAAAACUUGUUGACCCAACUGCCUGACUUUAUAGUCUCGAAAUCAGAAUACUAUACAUUUUAUAUCCGUUUGAAGCCUACAAAUGCAGUGCAUAAUUCUUUUCUAUCGUAUUUUUACGGACGUGUCGUGUCUUGCUUUUUCAGUCAGUCUCAGUACAAAAAGUACUGAGGUUGACUGAAGGAGCAUGACAAAUACGACCGUUUCCGAGAAAAUACGAUGAUAAACACAUCUGUACCCUAUUGUAAAUAAAAGCCAAAAGUGCCUAAACUUCCAUUCAGUAAGUUAAGGUAAAUUAUGAGAGUAGGAUAGAGGAUAGACUCCGCUGUGCCAAAGCAAUUCUGUUCAAUUCUCCGUCCCUUUCUGUGUGAUCAUUUUGGCUUUUCAACAUCUUCCAUCUAUUUUGUAGGAACUAGUCAAACUUUGACUGCUACACGCAUGACAAUAUAGUUUCGUAUGUAUGUUGUAUUCAUUUAACAUUUUACCAAAACAUUUGUCAAAUUAAUAUUCGAUUCUACUUUUCUAUUUGACGUUUGUGUAGGUGAAGAAUUUAUAUGUUCUUAUGAAUUAUGAGUCCAUAAUUUUAACUUAGGAUAUGUCACUUUCAUUAUAUUAACUAGAUUUUAAUUGUUAAAGUUUAGAUUUGGUAAAUAACUUGUUUUGUAUAAUAAUCAUGUUCAAUAUGUAUAUCGGUUUACAAAUAUUAUGUCACUGGUUAUUGUUUAAAAACGUGGUUUGGUUAUUGUUUUAUUUGUACUAUAUUUUGAUUUUAAAUUCUUGCACACGGAGUCAUGGUGAGGAUGACUCGUAGUUUAAUUUUAGGGUUAACAGCUAUAGUUCUGGUCGAAGCAAGUGAGGGACGAAUAAAGAACUUGCUUAGUUCAAUAACUAUGGCUCGCACGCCUCCUCGCGGGCCGAGCAACCGAGAGCGUCAAACCAUUAAAAAUACAAUAGUACAAACUAUUUAUUGAGCUCUAUUUUUGAGACAUGAUACGUAGAAUUUACAUCUCUAAGCUGUCCAACAAACGAACAGACAAGAAGUGUGGAUAACCCCAUGGUACACAAGUCUAAUCGAACAUAACGAAUGUUUUUGAUCUUGUUCAAUCAGUUAACAAUUCUUAACUCACCAUUAAGGGAGUCACCACAAUGUUGUUUCUAAACCUAUAUGAACCGACAGGGAAAAGUUCCAUGACAAUGUCAGAAGGAUGAUAAAAACAUUUAUCCCGUUUUGACUCAGACGAUGCGACUCUACUUUGGUCAGUAACAUAUUGAGCGAUUAUGUGUGGUGACAACCCUAAAGGUAUCAGCUUAACAUAUAUUUUUAUUGUCUUCCGUACGGUUGAGACGCUCUGUCGGUUUCCGGCCAAAGCUAAUCCUUCUGCUCAAUUUCACUCGUAGUAAGUAAAAUGUUGAACAAGAUGUUAUUUAUGUUGCGCCGGAUUAUAUAAGUGUUAUUGUAAGUUUAUUUGGAACAGUAGCGUAAGGUACAGGUAUUGGUGGGCGCUUCGCUGUGGUUCAUAUUAUGAUGGCCAGUGAACUGUUGUUCAAUUGAAGACUUAUAGGCUCCUUUUAAACAUACCUUUUCUAAGAUGUAACUAAGGUUCUUUUAGUAGUAGUAGUAAUAAUCACUUUAUUGUACACAACACAGGUCUCAGGUCAGGUGUUUUAGCCUUGUACCAUAGGAUUUAUAUUCUGGGUUCCAACUAUUUUGUUAAUAAAUUAUUUCGCCUUGUGCAAAUUUUGGUUUUUAUUUAAAAAUUUCUUUGUCUGUUUCAGUAACUUUCUUUUUAGCCAGCGAAAAUUUGAUUGAAAUUUGGAAUUUAAGAUACCAGAUCAACACUUCACAUGUAUAUGUAUUUAAAAACCAGGCAUCAUUGAAUCCUUAAAAUAAAAUGUCAGAAUGAGAACCUAUAAAAGAAACAACCAUUUAUUGAUCAUUGUUAAUGUGCUUAAAAUAACAUGAACUUUUUUCCAUGAGUCCCACAGCCAAGCGCUCCCGGCCGUCCCAGCUCACGGUGUAAGCAAUAUGCGAGAGGACUGUUUCUAUGCGUUGCCUGUUUUGUGCCAUAACUGUGGGCACUCACCCCGCACACCAAGUUUAAAACCUUAUUUCCAGUGGUAUAAAUAUUAUUUUAGAAUGGCAAAAAAGACAUAUCUACUUAAGGCUAAUCCUUGUUGUUAUAGCCCCGAUACUGAAAUGACAUUACGAUUGCCCUACUUUAGUGUCACCCCAAUAAUAUUUUUUUAAGCGUCGAGGUCUAGUCAGCGCUAUGAAAAAUGGCGUCGCUGUGCAGAUGCGCCAACGUUGCGUCGAGUAGCAGCUAUAGAUUUGAGUAGACGCCGGCGUUCGGAAGACGCUGGUAUAGACGGCGGGCAAAUUGGUACAAAAGCAUUAUGAUUGGGUUGUAAAAUGCAUGUAAUCGAAUUGUCAUUUAAGUAAAGUAUCUUGCAUAUAAAAACACAGUUUAAUAUUGAAUUUUUUAAAAGUUCAGUACUAAAUUAUAAUUUGAAGUGAUGAAGGUGUGCCGAGUCAGAUGCCCGCAGUGCAGAUUGUCAGAUAUCAUAUUUAUUUAUAUAUUUUAUUAAAGUUUCGAGUGUUGGAGAGUUUUACGCGAUUUGACAAACCACGGCUUCUGGCAAUCGACGCUUUGGACACUUUCGCUUGUAGUAUAAUUUUGCUCGUUGUAAAUUGGACUCUGUCGCGGGGUACUAAGUCGGGUUUUCCCGCGCGACGCGGGCUAGACUAUGUACAUGGUUUCGGAUAGGUUAAUUACGAUAACUGUACGCAAUGUAUUAAUAAAGAUCUUAUUUUUA